AUGUUCUCUUGUAUAAAACUUAAACCACUAUCUGUAAAACGUUUAACAUUUGAUAUAAGCUGUACUUUCGGUUUCUUUACAUUCUAUGAAAUACGUUUUUUUUCCCCUUUUUUUUUAAUUUUCGGAAAAUAACUUAAAAUUUGUAUCGUCAAUAAAGCGUGUAAAUUAUUUGAUUAAGGAAUUUUGGUUUUAACACAGUAAUGACUGAGACGGGUUUGAAAUUUACAAAAGACGACGAAUCAAGUUUCGACGAAAAAGAGGAACUUUUAUCUAACUCCUUAAAGACUAAGACAAGUUUGCCUUUUAAGAACAGUGGGGAAUGUUCCGACGAAGUUGUAUUAAAUUUCGAUGAUGGCAAGAAACUUUAUGUAUCGGAAAACUUUCUUUGUUACGCAUCUCCUGUGUUUAAAGCCAUGUUUACACAUGACAGUAAAGAAAAGGAAACUAAGGAAGUCGCUAUGAAACAGAAAGUGUUUGAUGAUGUCCUGGAGUUUCUGCUGUGUUUACAUCCUGGCGUACAGAAACCAGUUGAUAACGACAAUGUUCUUCCUGUGGUGUCUUUGGCGGAAGAAUACCAAGUCAAUAUAUCGGUAAAACGAUGUCAGAAUGUUAUGAAGAAUUGGUUAACGUCUGAAGUGGAAUCAGCUGUUGAAGCAAACGAUAAUCUGAAAAGAGCAUCGAAUGCUAAUGUUUGUCUAGAAAUACUGACAAAAGCCGAAGCUUGUGGUUUUGAAGAGCUUGUCACGCAUGCCAUUGAAAUAAUCGCUAGAUUUGGGCAUGAAGUGUUCACCGGCAGGUUUAAGGCAACACAAGUUAGAAUUGCCUCUCCUCAACUAUUUGCUAGACCAGUAAUAAGCGCGAAAAGGCGCACUGAAAAAAGCAAACAGUGUGUCUGGAUAUGACAAACCUGCAUCUGUUAAUGAAAUUAAAGCCAUCAGUGUGAAUGGAAAGUCAAAUUUCGAAAUGUCUGGCAAUCGAUACAAAUCAUCAACUUUUCCUUCAGAUGUUGGUAAACAACCAAGUCCGAUAGAGAAAUGUAAGCAUUUAUAUGAAAGCCUCCUGGAAACGUUGAAAACUCGACUUCUUCUGCAAAGACUAAAGUUGUGUGACAAUGGUGAGAUGUAUUAAUCUUUAUCAAAUCAGAACCUGUUCGUCUUAAAACUUCUUAUCGGAAGCGUUGAUGGAUUUAGCUCAAUAUCAAAAGUUAUGUAGCGUUUACAUGUAUCAACCUCAUUCUAAUUACGUUAUUGACUAUUGAUUGUCAAUAAAAUAAAGAAGAGAAAGAACGGAGUCACGUCAAGUUUAUCAAUCUACCGCUGUCGCUUUAGGUACACACGAUGCCAAAAAAAUAUAAUGACAGGAUGGCGACUGAGCGUAAGCAAGACGAAGAUAGCGAAGACAUGAAACAACAAUGGCACAAAUGGUGGUUGAACGUUUCUACAUGUACAAUAUUACGAUGACGAAGAUGGAAUAUUUUUCGUUCUAUUGCCCUCGUCCAGUCUUAAUCACGUAAUUGUACUUUUACAAUCCUGCUGUUGUGCUGUCGUGUCAGUAUACUGACGUGACAUUGUACUGUCGUUCAUUUGGAAUACCUGAUACUAAUCAAUACAAAGCUUCUAUGUAAAGAAAGAAGAUCAUUUGUUGCGACAACAAAAGCUCAGUGACCUGAAAUAAUAUUACGUCUUCUUUAUCUAGUAGUCGUAGCAUUGCAUUAUCACAUGUAUGUCAUCGUGAUGCGUGGUAUCGGGUGUUCCUGGUACAAUGAGUAAAGUUUUACAACCCUAACGCCGUUGUAAUGACGCCUUCCGGUUGGUUUGACAUCCGUGGGCAAGUUAAAGUAAAUACAAAUAUAUUGGUAAAUAAUGUUGAAAGAUUGUGCGAAAAAGGGCAGGAAGAUGAUAAUAAAAUAAAGCAUUAUGGUCAUAGAGCUAUCGUUGUCACACCAUGUACACCAGAUGCUAUUGAAGUAUAACGUCACACUGGUAGUGUAGCGAUGAUAUUACAUCAAGUGACCAUGCUAUCGCUGUCUCAUCAGGUACAUGCGAUACCAUUGCAGUACGAUAUAACGAUAGUGAUGACACUGCAGCUCGAAAGUGGUGUCACAAUUGAAAGAAGGGCACGAUGAUGGUGAUGCGAAGUACCAUAGCGUCUUUGGUAUCACACUACCGUAGCAUCGCUCACCAUCGUAUCUGCGCUCUAAAUUCUCUCACCUUUGCUUCAUCGCAAUCAUGUCUUUGCUGAAUUAUUCUGUUAUCGUACUGUCGUGGCAAUAUGAUUUCUGUUAUCGCACGAUCAUUGGAAAAAUCUCAGAAAAGGAAAUAUUUAUUCUUGAAAUCAAAAUUCAGUAGUACAGUGUUCCGUUUUGGACAAUUUCAUUUUUCUUCUUAUAUAAAAAUAUACUCAAAUCCACGAUAAGAAAGUCAAAACCACGAUGCUAAAAACACGAAACUAGGAUGAUGCAAGUUAAAAUACAGUUUUUUGAAAGAAAUUAUGAGGGAAGAAAUACAAAACUACGGUGGUGAAAACACGGUUUAGAUUUGCGUUUUCGCCAUCGUAGUUUCGUAUUUUUACUCUCGUGAUUUCGACUUUUGACUUUCAUCAUAAUGGUUUCAAUUUUCAUCGACAUAAUUUCGACUUUCAGCACUGUGUUUCGAUUUUUGACUUUCGUCUUUUUAUAAACAUACUUUCUUCUUGUUUCAACAUCGUAGUUUCGAAUUUCAUCGCUUUCAUAUAAACUUCAUACAAGUUUUAUCCAUUAUCGGUAACCGUAUACACCUCAUAAAAUAAAGAAACGUGUUUGUAAACAUAGACGGUUACAAACUGAAUAGGAAGUAGAAUUACACCACCGAUCCAAUCUCAAAUACAAUGACAAAAUACAAUACAUAUCGCAUAUCCUGACCAACCUAUAAACCGUGCAAGUCUAUCUUUUAUAAACGAGGAGUACAUUGUAUAUGUUUGUAAAUUUGAGAUACGACACACACUGUGAGGUAACUGCAACGGCUAAUGAUUUUAUUGCGGACGUUAAAGCAGGUGAAGAACAACUGUCGUAACAUUUUCUCGUAAUUUCCCUUCUGUGCCUAAACCUUGACGACGGUUAAAUUACUACUAGAUAUAGUUCUGAAACUUUCAGCUGCAUUUGUAGGACGUUUUGUUAUAAUGCUGUCAAUAUAACAUUGAUUCCCAUCUUUCUGGAUAUGCAUGUUAAAAAUUGCAACAUCACAUGCUAAGGGAAUCAAACAAGCACAUGAUAUAUGAUUCAUUUCAAUGUUAUCUUGUGCAUAUAGCUCAAAAAUACUGUUGUAAGCUUUAAAAUUCAAAACAAAAAUACACUUCCUAAGCUCUUU